UCUAAUCUUCGCUUAAAAACUCUCACAAAGCCCUAAAAAACCAAUCACUACUAGAUCAAAAACUACCCUUUCGAUCAAUUCGCUUCUUUACAUUCUUAGCUAAGGAUCUCCAGCAGAUUAAGAUCUAUGGCUCAGAUUAACUUUGAGGGUUUGAGAGAGCUACACGACUGCGUAAACUAUAUCCUUGAUCACUGUCCGAAAACAAGAGAAUCUAUGUCCCAACAAGGACAGGAUAAGUGGACGGAGCAAGUUUCAGAAGCUUCAUUGAGGAUGUUAGACAUCUGUAACAUAUCCAAAGAUGUGAUGACACUCGUGAAACACAACUUGCAUGAUCUACAACUGAUUCUACGUGGCAACGAAUCAUCUGAUGUCAACGAGAAGAUCGCUGCUUAUAAUCGGUAUAAGAACAAUCUCAAGAAGGAGACACUGAAAUGCUUAAAUUGUCUGAAGAAUAUGAAAGAAAGCGGAGGAAGAGUGGACAUGCCAAUAGAACAGAACCUUCUGUUUGUAUCUGAGGUUUUGAAGGAAGUGAGAAGAGUCGUUGUGACGAUGGUUGAGUCUUUAUUCUCGCUUGGUUGUAUUCCUUGGCUAGAGAAGAGAUCGACCAAAGGGUCUUUGUCUUCAAUAUUUACCAGUCGGUCUUCGUAUUUGUUAGAUGAUGUAUGGGAUGAGACCGCGGUGCAAAGUGCGACCACAAGGUUGGAGGCAGCGGAGAUUGCAAUAGAGGAGCUUGAGAUAGAGUUGGAGUCUAUUUUCCGGCGAUUGAUUCAGACGAGAGUUUCACUUCUUAAUAUUCUCACCAACUAGAUAAUAUAUGAUAUAUAUCCGGUUAGGUUUUGCUUCAAGCGGACAUGCUUAGUUAACAUUAGAUGGAUUGAUGUGUAAGCCUAUUUUAAGUUUGCAACAUUAUAUUCUUUUGAAGUCGCAUUAUAUUUUUUACCCGUUUACGUACUAAACUGGCUACUUGGUUAUAGAUUUUAGGGUUGAAGACUUAAAGCUUUAACACUUUGUCUUCACUAGAAAAAAAGAUGAGUUUCUAAAUGAAACUGUUACUUAUUAUUAGAUAAAAAGUUGAA